AUGUCCUUAAAAGCCCGGAUAGUCGGUGAUCUUCUUUGUCAGAGAGACUCAUAUCUCACGAAGUUGACCACACAGGUUGUCUCGUGUAAUAAACUGAGCGAUACGCAAUAUGAGUUGGAGCUCGAAGAUACGGUCUUGUUUCCAGAAGGGGGAGGACAGCCUACCGACCAUGGGACCAUCAAGAUCGAUGAUACUGAGUUGGAAGUUACGGAGGUCAAGAGAAAUGGUCUGAACUGUUAUCACAUGGUGUCUCAGCUUUUCAAGCCGGGUGAUACGGUGGAAUUGAAGGUUGACUGGAGGCGCAGAUUCGAUCAUAUGCAACAGCACACUGGUCAACAUCUUCUCAGUGCCAUUCUGGACAAGUUCAACCUUCCUACUUUGUCAUGGUCGAUGGGUGAAAUGAUUAAUUAUAUUGAAAUUCCCAGGAAGUUAACCCCAGCAGAGCUGGAAGAAGUGUCCCAGAUGUGCAAUGAUAAGAUCACCGAGAAUAUCAAGAUCCAGGUUGAAGUUCCGGACAAGGACUCCGUCAAGAAAGACAAAAUGCCUUCUGAUUACGAUCUUGAGAAGGGGAUCUUGCGGGUAAUUCACAUUGGCGAACUGGACUCGAACCCGUGCUGUGGAACCCACCUGUCAUCUACGGGUCAGAUCAAGUCCAUAACUUUGCUGAACCAGUUUCCGGGUAAGAAAUCUGCCUCCAGGAUCAACUUUUUGUGUGGUGAUCGUAUCUCUAAGUUCACCAGCGAAUCGUUUUUGACUCUCAAGGAUUUGACUGGAAAGCUGAGUUGUCAAACAGACGACUUGGUGGAAAAGGUGGAGGCUCUACAAUUAAGCCACAGGAAGGCUGCAAGCAAGGAGAUGAGUCUGAUGAAGGAGCUGGCUGAAUAUCAGUCGAAAGAGCUGCUUGCAAAACUAGAAAGCAGCGAGAUCGCGUUCCUAUGCCGCUCAGAUGUUGGACUGGAAUAUUUCAACAACAUCUCCAAGAAGCUGUUGCCAUUAACCCCAGGCAAAACCCUGGUUCUUAUUGGAAACGGAUGUCUCAUCAUUUCAGGUCCUCAGGUCGAGGAGGUUUCCACCCAGUUGAAACAAGUUCUGAAGGGCCUUAAAGGUGGGGGAAAGGGCAAGUUUCAGGGAAAAUUCACCUUCAACCAGAGUGACUUCAACAGUGCUGAAAAAUAUCUUGAGUCGUUAUAG